CGAAAUGACAGCGGCCGGAGUGACGGGUGCAACAGGAAAACAACAACAAGCGUAAAUGUAAACAUUGCAAAUAGCGAAAGAAAAUUCUUUCCCGUCCUACGGACUGCCGGAAUGCCCAGUGAAAGCGAUACAGGCAGCAUUAGCAGCACCUCCAGCAGGCAGCUCUGCGAUCUGGACGAAUACUCCCUGGAGCAUGUGUUUCUGUUUCUCUCCGUAGCGGACCUUGACCGGUGCGUGUUGGUUUGCAAAAAGUUCCAGCACAUUAUCCAACGGUUCGUGUUUCCCAAAAAAUGCCUGCGUGCCCUAGUCGGCGGCUCGCCCUGCGGGGCUGCCCUAAGCCUGUACGCGUUCACGCGUCGGAAACGGGUCAAGCUGGACGAAAAUUGGCGCUACGGACGGUACGAGGAGCGGUCGUACUUUAACCACAACGUGAUGUACAUCUCGCAGCUGGCGAUCGACCGCGACUGGCUUUACAUCACGCAUCGUGGCCGCCUGCAGGCACACAGAAGAACAAAAGAUCGGCAGAUGGUUGCUACCGGCAGCCAGUGGGUGAUGGGCGUUGCCCGCGACUCGGACAUUACGAGUCUGGUACAAAUGGGCGACCGUUUUUUGAUGGGUCGUAUGAACGGGCAGAUCGUGCUCUACGACCCGGCCACAACGAGAUCCUAUUCGCAAACAGUUACGAACGACAUUAUCAAGGCGGUGGAUUUCAACACGGACGUGUACGCGGUAACGACGAAAAAUGACUCGACGUACAUCCUGAACCGAUCAUCGUUGGAACUGGAACCGCUAUCGAUGCACAGUGACGGCCUGUUAACGGAAUCAUUUGUUUUUCCGGAAGCAUACGAGACAAUCAAGCUGAACAGCAAUCAGCUGGUGGGAGGGAAGUUUCAUUGUAGCAAAAAGCAGGCACUACAAUUAAUAGAUUUGUUCAGCUGUACAAUGAUACAAUUGAAUUCACCCUCGAUGGCGGUUUACGAUGUGCUGUGGAUGGACGAGCACUGCAUUCUGUCGGGCAAUUUUGACACCACCAUGCGGCUGAUCGAUACACGCACCGGUGGCGAUGAGGCCUGUUGGACAGAUCCGUACAAUGCAUCCGUCUACUGUCUUUCCUACAAUGGCACGUAUGCCGUGCACUGCGGGAUGAAAUACCAUCACCGCGCCAACCUGUACGAUAUCCGGGUGCCGAACCGCUGUGUUCAGAUGUAUUUUCCCUCGAAAAAGCAUAAUCACUACUCGCCGGUGUACAGCAUUGCGGCCGACUGUAGUCAAAUGUUCCUUGUUACCGAUCACAAUCUGCGAAUACUUAAUUUCGAUGCUGAUUGGGCUGCCACAAAGGAUUAUGCCGCGAUGUAGGGUGCGGCGAAUGGGGAGGGAAUUCGUUCAGCAAUCAAUAAAUUUGUUCCGAUAGAACCUUAAA